GUGAGCUUUGCGAGCGUCGCUCACUGGUAGGAAUCAUGCUUGUUUACUUUUUCAAUAUUGAUAAAAUAGCCGACUUCUGUAGGCUGAGCUCGAAGUGACUGGAUUUUGAGUUAUCUCCCGUGGAAUGUCAAGCACCUGCUUGAACAGUUAUCGUUCUUGAUCGUGACGUCAUCCAAAGAAACAAAAAAAAUAUGUUGUGGAAUCUUUGAUCCAGGCCUGGAGGUAUCCAGUGUAAGUUAGCCAUCUAUUUUAUUUGCUUGGUAUUUCACAUUUAUGUAUAUAAAAAAAAACCCCACACGUGAUAAAAACAUUCUGUUGACGUUAUUGGAGGAAAAUAUCUUGCUACAAAACGUGGCCUAUCGGCGAUGAGAAUCAUGUCGCGAAGAUUGUGCAUUUCUUUGAGAGGAACCAAUAUUAUAUACACGGUACUCCUACAGCGCGGGUUAUAGUAUGGACCGUCCACCGAAAAAUGAACCUAAAGGUUGUCUAAAACAAAACAGAGAGUUCUCAGAUGACGAAGUUAACCAGGAAGUCCCACAGAACUUUGUUGUUGGUAAAUUAACAAAUGUGCAGCGUCCCGUUCGCCAGAAAGAAACGUCGUGGCAACUUCCUCUCUCUCCGCCCCCCCAACUGCCAUCAGCCAAAGUAUCCGAGGAGUUUAACUGGCAAGCAACUUUCCCCACUGUCAGGGAGAGGAAUGCCGUCAUGUUUAAUAACCCUCUAAUGGCAGAUGUUCAUUUUCUUGUCGGAACCAGUCCAAAUCAACAGAGAGUACCUGGUCAUAAAUAUAUCCUGGCCACUGGAAGCUCGGUUUUCUUUGCUAUGUUCUAUGGUGGACUUGCUAAUCAAGACGGAGAUAUAGAAAUUCCUGAUGUUGAACCAGGGGCCUUUUUGAAUUUAUUAAGAUACAUCUACUGUGAUGACAUUCAGUUGGAACCUGACAAUGUAUUGGCAACUCUGUAUGCAGCCAAAAAAUACAUAGUGCCACAUCUAGCAAAAUCAUGUGUACGUUUCCUGGAAACUAGUCUGAGUGCCAGGAAUGCUUGCAUUCUCCUGAGUCAGGGGAGGUUGUUUGAAGAGCAGGAACUGACACAUCGUUGCUGGGAAGUCAUCGAUGCCCAGGCUGAAGAGGCUCUCCAUUCUGACAGUUUUUGUGAAAUUGACAUAAACACACUUAAAACGGUCCUCAGUCGUGAAACCCUCAAUGCAAGGGAAAUAUCGGUAUUCACAGCUACUUGCAAGUGGGCAGAAGCUGAGUGCAACCGAACUAACUUAGAUCCCACUCCAGAGAACAAACGGAAAGUGUUGGGGGAUGCUCUAUAUCUAAUAAGAAUGCCCACAAUGGGUCUGGAAGAAUACGCCAAUGGACCCUCUCAAUCUGGAAUACUGACUUUGCAGGAAGCCAAUGACAUCUUUCUACACUAUUUAGCAAGAAAUAAACCAGAAUUGAGAUUCACCAAGAAACCUCGAUCUGGACUUACACCAUUCAAAUGUCACCGAUUUCAGUCGUCAGCAUACAGGAGUAACCAAUGGCGAUACAGAGGACGAUGUGACAGUAUUCAAUUUGCGGUGGACACCCGGAUUUUUGUGGCAGGCUUCGGUUUAUAUGGAUCUAGUAAUGGGGCUGCAGAGUAUCAAGUUAAAAUCGAAUUGAAGAAAAAUGGAGUAAUUCUUGGUCAUACGUACAAAAAGUUCUUUUCAGAUGGUUCCAGCAAUACCUUUGCCGUUUUGUUUGAAAAUCCAAUCCAAAUAGAGCCGGACACUUUUUACACGGCUAGUGCGGUACUGGAUGGAGUAGAGCUUAGCUACUUUGGUCAGGAAGGACUUACAGAAGUUCAAUGCGGAAAGGUCACCUUUCAGUUUCAGUGCUCCUCUGACAGUACAAAUGGCACAGGUGUUCAAGGGGGCCAAAUACCAGAAAUAAUUUUCUACUGCUGAUCAUGUAUAAUGAAGGACAUGUACAGGAUAUACCAGGAUUUUUUUCUCUCUCCAUUUUUUCAUAUACAAUUUUAGUAUUGUCAUCAGAUGCCCAAUUCACGUGUCAGAUUACAUUAAAACUUUCGAAGAUCA